AUGGCACUGGCACUCUUGUGCUGCUGGGUCUGGCUAAGACCGUCGACUGGAUAUAUCAACACAGAUGGUCCAUCAACCACAGAUCUUUCUGGACUUCGCCUACCUAAACAUAAGUAUGCUUACGUCGGAUUCUUGGCCGCGCCAGAAAAGGCAAGCGACAAUGACGACGAGGACAACUAUUUCGUCGCAACCCGCAUCCUCGCAUACUCCUUGCUUCAUGAUCCCAGCACGAGGACCAAUACUUCAAUCCCGUUCCUGGUCUUAGUGACGGAAGAGGUUCGCCAGUCGAAAAGAACCCGUCUCGAAAUGGAUGGUGUAACAGUCAUUCCUGUUAGCAGGCUCUCGUGGGACUGGAUCCGCCCUGGCCGUGAGCGCUGGCGGGACGUUCUGUCCAAGUUUUACCUUUUCACUCUGACCCAGUACGAGCGCGUCGUCUUCUUCGACUCGGACACGCUGAUCGUCCAACGUAUGGACGGCAUUUUCGACGAUCCGGCUGCCCGGUUGCAGAAGACUGCUUCGAACCCUGAAAAUGCACCGCCAGAGGAGGGUGCUCAGCCAUCGGACUUUGCGUACGCCUCCGUGUCUGGCCAAGGUGGCUUCGACCAUCCAUACCCACCUCGACGAGGCAGCAAUUGCAAUGCUGGGUUUGUCCUCUUUCGGCCUUGCCUCGUGCUAUUCAAGCACUAUCUCACUGUGGCGGAAAAAGCAGAGGGGAAGUUCGAUCCCAAUUACCCGGAGCAAAACCUGUGGAACUACGUCCAUCGACGCAAGGGAAAUAUGCCAUGGCAGCAGCUGGAUCCGACUUGGAAUGUCAACUGGGCAACCAUGAACGAUUGGAGGAAGGGCGCUAAGAGUCUGCAUACGAAGUGGUGGAGUCCCGGCCCAGAGAAAGACUUGCGAGAUCUUGCACUGUCAUUGAAAUGGAAGAUGGAAGGCAACGCUAUAGGUCGGGACAGAAUCAAGAGUUACCCAUAA